GUGUUUAUGUGAGUCGUAAAACAGAAAGAGGAGAGGGGGAAGAGAUCGCAGGUUUUGUGUUGAGAGUGAGAGUAAGAGCGAGUGGGUCGCGUGAGCAAGAUUCCUCUGAAUUUUAUCGGAGUUGCCUGCCCCAUUCUACCAACAUAAACCCUAACUCGUUAUUUUUUCUAUAAUUUUUGUGCGUUAUUUUAUUUAUUUAUUUAUCAAAAAAAUAAAUAUUUUCAUUAACCUUCAUUCGAUUUAUUAAUCUGGCGAUUUAUUUAUCCAUGCUUUGUGUUAUACACUGAUCAAUCAUCUAUCUAUCAGAAACCCUAAUCGGAAAUGGUUACGACAGCUGAGUCUUCCUCUAAUCAUCACUCGCCCACUAGUGCUGCCGCGGACACCACCACCGAUAGCCCUAAGUUCCCGCGAAAAAACCUACCUUCUCCUUGGGCCCAGGUUGUUCGCGGUGCUGACUCUGAACCACUCCAUCAAUCGUCAUCGUCAUCAUCUUCCUCAUCCUCCUCCUCUUCGUCGUCAUCGUCCCUUGAUUCCGUUAAUUCUAAUGCUGCUGCUGUAGAUAGCUCUGAUGCUGAUAAAGGGAGUAAUGCUAAGAAACCCGUGUGGAAGAGGCCCUCCAAUGGCGUCGCCGAGGUUGGUCCUGUAAUGGGUGCUGUCUCUUGGCCACCUUUAUCUGAGUCCACCAAACCUUCCCCUAAAUUGGCAUCUGAUUCCUCUUCCACCAAGAUAGCCACCGAUGGAUCAACCUCCAUUCCUCAGGGGCCUGUUACUUCACCACACUCCCCUCAGAAACAAGCUACUAGUAAUGUGAAACCAAAUCUUGCUACGAACCAUGGUAUGCCUAAUAGACAAAGAUCGAUGAAGCGAGGCGGCAACAGCAAUAGCAGUGGACCUGGUCCUGCACAACAAAACAGCUUCUCCAACCCUUCCCCAAAUCUUCCACUUCCACUUCCACCACCACCACCCCCCUUUCCUGUGCUUCAGAUCCCUCCAAGUACCAUUCCCAAUGGGGUACCAGGGGUCCCAGAUCAUUCUCCAAGAGAUCCUUACAGGAAUAAUACAUGGGAUACAAGACCACCAGUUGGGGGUUUUGUGCCUCCGAUGAAUGAGCAUCGGAGUCCCUCUCGUAGGGGUAAUUUUGGAUACCAUCCACGCGGUGAUGGUUCCUAUCAUAAUAAUUAUGGGAGCAGGCGCGAUCAUGAUCGCGGAAAUUAUGCAAAUAAUAGAGAUGCUCAUGUACACCAACAGAGGAUGCCUCCAAGCCCAAGGGAAUUAGUGAGGCCGCUGCCACCUAAUCCUCCAUUUAUGGGGCCUCAGCCUUUGCGACCCUUUGCAAACCCUGUUGGAUUUCCGGAAUUCUAUUAUUUUCCAACACUACAAUUGGAACCCUUUCGGGGUAUGCCGUUCUUCACCCAUGGACCUCAUCCUGCAAUGUUCAUCCCAAUUGCAGAAACUCCCCUGUCCGAUAUGAUAGUCAAACAAAUUGAUUAUUACUUUAGUGAUGAUAAUUUGGUGAGAGAUGGAUUUUUAAGGUCCAACAUGGAUGAACACGGUUGGGUUCCAAUUACUUUGAUUGCAAGCUUCCCUCGAGUCAAAAGUUUGACAAGCAACAUUGAAUUGAUACUGGAUGCAUUGAAAACUUCCACUAUCGUGGAAGUGCAGGGUGACAAGUUGAGGAGGUGUAAUGAGUGGGUGAAGUGGCUGCCCUCUGCUAAGCUUCAGGCUGAUUCUGGUUCAGUAUCCCCUGGUGGAUCAAGUUACAAUAACCCUGCAGCUGAUUUUGAAAAGAUCACUUUGGACGAAGCUAUGACGGAUCGAGUUAAUUCAGAUCCUACCAAAAAUGGUGAUGCUACUGAAGAGUCCUUCAGUGUUUCUCAACUCCCAAAUGGUGAUGCUAUCAAUUAAAAUUGAACUCCGUAUAUCCACCCCAUAACAAAAUGCUUAACCCUAUCUACUAUCUAGUCCUGUGUUACUCUUGAUUUUAAAAGGUUGUUUUAGAGAGGAUGGUAGGAUAGGUUUUGGAAGUUUGAUUCCCUUCUGCGGUCACGAGGUUGAUUUUGGUAGCAUUUUUGAGUCAAAGUAGGGAAAGAAAUAAGAAUUUUUCAGAAUUAUUAUGGUCUUAAAGAUAAAGAAAGAAGUUAAAGAGACAUAGAAGGAAUUUAGAAUUUUGAUUGAGUCGGAUUUAAUGAGUUAUUGGUUUUGUAUAGCUUUAUAUUUGCCGCGGCUGAUUUAUUCUAUAUUUUCUGGUGGGUUGUGGUGGCCCGUGUUGGGAAAGUAUUUUUAUCAAUUUGAGCUCAUUCUAUGCUGCCCUAAUAUUUUUGCUAUAGGAUUGCAUAUUUAGGCUAUAAUAUUGUGUGUUAUGUUUGCUCUCAUUAAGUAGGUGGCAGAUUGUUUGAUAGUUUGAUGUGUGCUUUUGAUCCAUAUUGAUGGAUGCUACAAAGGGAACAGUACAUCAUAAAUGAUUUUGAGUCAGAAUAAAUCUCUUUCUCUUCAAUUGUGAAGUUGGAGAAGUAAAUGUUCGUGGUGAGCGCCCAGCUCUUGAACCACCCAAUCUUUGUGAAACUCCUGGAUUGUGAGUCCUGCUAUGAGCAGUUG